AUGACUGUCUCAAUAGACACAACUCAAGCUGUAGGUCUCGUAUGCGAAGCGCUUUUAUAUGGAGUCUACUGCGUACUAUUCAUCAUCUCUGUUGGGAUUCUCAUCAAACGCCAUCAAGUGUCUAACCGAGCGGUUUGGGUUGCAAACUGCCUCCUGUUUACAACGUCGACGACUCAUUUUGCGUUAAUGUUCAACCAUUUUUAUACCACGCUCGGAAAUGCUCCGUUUUCAGAUUUCGGAAACGAAACUCCUGCAUUGAUAGGAGCAAAUUUAAUGAUCUCUGUGGUUGAUGUCAUCGGAGACCUGCUUCUACUUUAUCGAUGCUGGCUUAUCUGCGGAAAGAAUUUAUAUGUGAUUGUUCUCCCUCUGCUCACUGCUCUUGGGGGCUUUGGGUGUAUCUUACCUGUACCAUCCCUUGUAUUGUCGAUCGACCCAACAUCACCAGUUCCUCCAGUUAAGAUCGUACCCUUGAUUAUUGCCGGAUAUGCUUUGCCUCUUUGCACAAAUAUCAUGGUCACUGGACUCAUCGCCGGUCGCCUUUGGUACAUAUCUCGCAUUCCCAUUGUCGACGAACAUGGAAAUAUAGCGAUCUUGAAAAUAGCGGCUGGCGGCCGGCCGAUGAUGUUCAUCAUCGAAAGUGAUGCUCUGUAUAUGGUCACGCAACUCAUCUUUGUCGUCCUCGUAGCCAUUCGAAAUCCUGCCGAGGGGGUAUUAAGUUUAGCUGGGACACAGGUAUAUGGCAUCGCGUCCACCUUGAUCAUAAUUCGUGUCGGGCUGGGCAUUUCGUCCGAGCAGACUAUGUUAACGAUAACUCAAAUGGAGUUUCAUUCCCAAUGA